AUGACCGAUAUAAGCAAGAUAGGUGUAACCUUGUCUGAGUUAUCAGACUGGUAUCUCUGGAUUGGUCAAAUUAAGUCUUAUGCUAUUGCAAAAGGCGUAUGGGACUAUAUUAACCCCGACAAUCCAAUAAAGAGGGAUAUUCCUUCUUAUCCUAUUCGUCCUAGGGCUACUGAUAUUAACCCUAAAGCCCUUACCGAUGAAGACCUGACCACAAACGAGCGUGAAAGACAAAGAGAUUAUGAACUUGACCUUCGCGAAUAUGACCGUAUUUCGGGUGCUAUCUCUCAGAUCUACCUUAUCAUUCAAUCAUCGAUCUCCUAUUUAAGCAAGCUUAUUAUUCAGCACCUACCGUCAGUUUAUGAAGCCUUGCAAACCCUCCAAAAGCGUUAUGCACCGACCACUGAAGCCCGAAAGCGGUCGGUCAUCAAGAAAUACCAUCAAAUGCACCGAAUUCCACACUCUUUGACUAUAGAUGCAUGGAUUUCAUAA